AUGGUUGGAGACACNUUGCGGGUAGAAGACACCCGUCGUUUAGCAGUGUUCGACAAUCGAUGCUUACGUAGUCUGGCCCAAGUGGGAUGGAAUGAGUGGGUUAGUAACUUAGAAGCUGGUCGCUUGCUCGGUAUUCCGGAUGGUGAGGUGGCUGACGAAUUCGCUCGUCAACUGUUCACACGAUGUGUUCAGGCUGGUUCCGGUUCCAGCGUACAUCGUACUCGUCGACUCACCGAAUACUUCGCUACCUGUUCAGUAUCCCAAGCAAGAGAACAACGUGAUUGUCUCAUCAAGGCCUUGUACAGCAGUUUAUUUGAUUUUCUGGUACAAAACAUCAAUGAACAAUUGAACCCCGGCUCUCUGCGCAACGCGCGACGGGAAUUUGGUGAGUCGCUCGUGUUCUGUUUGCUCUUUUUGUGGCCUAUCAAGAAGGUUUUUCGUCGACCGGUUAAUUACAAUACAUUCCUCUGUCUUGAAAAUAAUGUGGAACGAUUGUAUCUCGGGAUGUGGACGUUGUUGAUGGUGUGUUCUCCGAGCCGGAAGUGUUGUUUACGGACGUUUCGCAGCUAG